AUGGCGACUUCAGACAACGACUGCGGAUCCCCGGCUUUCAGGCCGCGAAAGUCGCAUACGAAGUCGAGGAAUGGGUGUCUUGCUUGUAAGAAGCAACGACGGAAGUGUGACGAGCUCCACCCGCGAUGUUCCCGUUGUUCGAAACGCAACACGACUUGUCGAUACGCCAUGCAGCUCGACCAACAAGAUCCUUCCACAAGAGAUCGAUGCUCCGUUAGCCCAGUACUAGCUGCGCGACGACCAGGUUGGCCAAAGGCAUCUACGAUCUUGGCAGCUGGCCUUCCUCCUUGCCUGAGCGUGUCCAGCAACGGCAUGAGCAUAGCGGAUACGCUCGCGGCGACUGAGCUCGACUUACUGGCUCGCUACCUCACGCAUACCAGUCAUGUCAUCCCUGUCGACAAUGUAGAUGUCUUUGCUCUGCAGGUUGGGAUUCCGAACCUAGCCUUUUGCAGUCCACCUCUGAUGGACUCUGUCCUCGCCCUUGCAGCUGUUUGCCGAGGCCACGAGAUACUCAACGCAUCGAGUCGAACUCAGCGAGAGCGCCAACAGCUUGAAGAUUUGCUGAUUCUAUCGAAUCAUCGCUACGAGUCUUCAUUACACCAGAUGCAGGAUCUGAGUUCUGAUGCAAGCCAAUACAACAAUGUCCUCGCCAACGCCACCAUCAUGGUGCUCUAUGGACUCGCCAACCACUAUCUCCGGAUACGUCUUGCUGUGUCUGACGAUCGGCUUUCGAACGACUUCCCGCCUGCACCACUCCAAUGGACCUCCUUGAUACGGGCAGCUCACUUGGCAUACACGGGCCUACUGCACUGCAGUUGGGGAGAAGAUUCUGGUCUUGACUCGCUCGACGAUUCGCUUCUGUCCUUGGACUCUCCAGACGAUAUUUCUACCAACGCAGGACAUUUUGAGCAAUCUUCAUCACCUGAAUGUAGCACUGGUGUAUGGAGGAGGCACUUGACACAACCCAUCAUCGCUGCUACGUCGCCCUUAGCCGUACAACAACUGGCGAGUAGACUAAACGCGGCAUCGUCCGUUCUCUACGAUUUCAGAGACGUCGAAGAGGCAACUUCGACCUUGGCUUGUUGCUCCGAAGCAUUCGCAGUGCUCUGCGAUAUCUUCAACGCAGUCACUGCGGCCUCAGAAGAUUCUCCUAUCAACAAGAUCAUGCUCACUGACCCACCGCAAAAGAGCCGCCUCUCCGCAGUGUCACCCUGGCUACGAAAAUACGUUGCUCAAGUCACAUCAGCAAUCCCGCAGAAACAGCUUCGACGAGUGAUCAUGUCGUUUCUGAACCGAGUGCCCGUGGACUUUCUGGAGCUUGUUCAGGAGUUGCUCGACAACAGUGUAGAUCCAAGUGCCUGCCCGGAAGCGUCGCAGAUCGCACUGGAUAUCUUCGCUCACUGGCUUGUCCUUGUGACGUUGCUUGAUGAUGUAUGGUGGAUCGGCGGUAUUGGAGAGUGGGAGCUGGAGCGGACUGUGAGGACUUUCAAAGUAUUCGAGUUGGGGACGGAUGUCGAGACUGAGUGGUGGCCCGAGAAGAUGAUGGUGAUUAGGAAGGAACUUCUGUGA